UCUUACUGCCCAUCAGCAAAGACCCUUGGAGCUGUGGCACCCCGAAAGCCUGUCUUGUCUGUCAGUGCAAGAAAAAUCAAGGACAACGCGGCUGAUUGGCACAAUCUAAUCCUGAAGUGGGAAGCCCUGAAUGACGUGGGUUUUGCCACUGCAAACAGCAUCGCCAACCUGAAAAUCAGCUUACUGAGUAAAGACAGGGCAGGACCGGAGAGCAGCAGCUCAGUGUCCGAGGAUGAUGACGAAAAGAUGCACCCGGACUAUGACAAGAGGCUCGAGAUGCUGUGCGAGGAGCUGCAGGCCACUUUAGAGGGUCUGACCAAAAUACAGGUGAAAAUGGAGAAGCUGUCUUCAACCACCAAGGGAAUCUGUGAAUUAGAAAAUUACCACUAUGGGGAGGAGAACAGACGGGCCCCCCUGUUCCAUACCUGGCCCACAGCCUACUUUUAUGAGGUUUCACACAAGCUCUCUGACAUGUACAGCCGGGAGCUGCUCCUAAAGCGCACGGUGGGUGCCGAGCUGGCCCACACCUCAGACCAAGACCUGAUCCUCAGCUACCUAUCCAUGUGGCUGCACCAGCCUUACGUGGAGCGGGACAGCAGGCUGCUGCUGGAGAGUAUGCUGUUGGAGACGGGCCACCACGCACUGUGACUUGGGACAGACCACCUCCGGCACCCUGAUCCCCUACAGCCUCUGCUUGGGCCAUGACGCCUGCUGGGAGCUGCCAGCUGAGAGCCCCUGUUGGGAAAAACUGCUCAGACAGGAUGAUGGGAGAAUCUCGCUCUUGUCCCCAAAUGUACCCUUGUGUGGAAACCUAUCCCUUCACAGCUCCACUGUAUCCCUACCUAUAUUUAAAUCUUUGGGUUUUGUUAUUGUUUUA